GAGCAGAGGUUACACGCAGAUGAACUCUACCAUUCCAUUCUUAAUAGAAGACCACUGAUUUGAUUGCCUCCAAAGAAGGAAGCCUUUUUUAACCCUUUCGCGCUCCCUCUUCUAUAUAUAUACACGCACUUAGACACAUGAGAUAUAUCAGAAAAUAGCCCUUGCAUGUUCAAUUUCAACAAUUAAUUAAUGGCCUCUAAUGUUCCUCUUUCAUUAUUCCUCUGCUUCUUCAUAUCCAUCUGCCAUGCCCAUGCCGGCAAGAUCUCAGUGUACUGGGGCCAGAAUGGCGGGGAGGGCACAUUGGCGGAGACCUGCGCCACCGGGAACUACCAAUUUGUGAACAUAGCCUUUCUCCCGACGUUUGGGAAUGGGCAGAGCCCCAUGAUCAAUCUGGCCGGACACUGUGACCCCUACUCGAACGCGUGCACAGGCCUCAGCUCCGACAUCGAGUCCUGCCAGGCCAGAGGCAUCAAAGUUAUUCUAUCCAUCGGAGGGGGCGCAGGCAGUUACUACCUCAACUCCACUGAGGAUGCCAGGGAAGUUGCCACCUACUUGUGGGACAAUUUCUUGGGAGGUAAAUCCGCGAACCGCCCCUUGGGCAAGGCUGUCUUGGAUGGCAUCGACUUUGACAUCGAAGGAGGGACCAAUCUUUAUUGGGAUGAUUUAGCAAGGUACCUUUCUAAUUAUGGAAAGCGUGGGAAGAAAGUGUACUUGACGGCAGCGCCGCAAUGCCCUUUCCCGGAUUACUAUGUGGGGAAAGCCCUGGAGACAGGACUGUUCGACUACGUGUGGGUGCAGUUCUACAACAACCCGCCGUGUCAGUACUCUUCAGGCAUGGCCAGCCUGGAGAAGGCCUGGAAGGAUUGGAAUACAGUCCCCGCUGGACAGAUAUUCUUGGGCCUGCCGGCCUCGCCGCAGGCUGCUGGAAGUGGGUUUGUUCCGGCAGGGGAUCUGACCUCGCAGGUCCUGCCGGAGAUCAAGGAUUCCGGCAAGUACGGAGGCGUUAUGCUGUGGUCUAAGUACUAUGAUACUGGCUACAGCUCCUCUAUAAAGAGCCAUGUCUGAAUUAUUCCACCCUUGUACGUAAUUAAUCGCUUAUCACUUUCUUGUCGAGAUCGAUCCUGUGUGUAUUUAUAUGUCGGUGUUGGGUUGAUUGUUGAGUUAAGUGAAAUGGAAAAUGCUUGUCUAU